AUGACACCCGAGGAGAUUCCUGUUGAGUAUCUGGACCAAGUCAACCUCGCAUUCCUCUAUAUAGAUCCGAAGGACUACCACAUCAUUGCUAUGGACGAUGAGACUCUGGCAACGGACCUAUACGCACGAGUUGCCAAUCUCAAGACUCGGAAUCCUGCUGCAAAGAUCUGGGUCAGUAUUGGUGGGUGGACUUUCAAUGACCCGGGAGAUUACCAGUCGGUUUUCUCGAAAUUGGCCAAAGACAAGCAGGGAGCUCGGACCUUUGCCGACAAGCUCAUGGAGUUCCUGGAUAAAUAUGGCUUUGACGGCGUUGAUCUGGAUUGGGAAUACCCUGGUGCAGAUGAUCGGGGUGGCAGCAAGGAGGAUGUUGAGAAUUAUCCUCAAAUGCUGAGCAUCCUGAAGGAAUCUCUUCAAGGUGGAAAUCAUUAUUCCAAGAAAUGGGGGCUUUCUAUUACCGUGCCCACGUCCUAUUGGUAUCUGCGCUGGUUCGACAUUAACGCCUUGGAGAAGGAGGUUGAUGAGUUUAAUCUCAUGGCUUACGAUCUCCACGGCCGAUGGGACCGGGAAGAUCCCAUCGGUCCGUAUGUCUACGCCCACACAAACUUGACUGAGAUAGAUGAAGCACUUGAUCUGUUCUGGCGCAAUGACAUCGACCCCAGCAAGAUCAACCUGGGUCUUGCGGAUCGGAAACAGUUCUAUGGUCGCACAUACACACUGUCUACCCCGCUAUGUGCCACGGCUGGAUGUGAAUGGAAGGAUCCAGGUCCUAAGGGUCAGUGCACCGACACUGCAGGUAUUCUGUCAUAUAAGGAAAUUCAGGGUAUCGUUUCCGAGUCUGACCUAUAUCCGACAUAUGACGAGGAGGCCGGUGUCUACUACCUGACAUAUGGUAAAGGCGGUGCCAAUUGGGUCUCAUUUGAUAAUGCGAUCUCAUUCAAGGCCAAGAUCGACCUGGCCAACAAGUAUGGCCUCGGAGGUGUGCUUAUUUGGGCCAUCGAUCAGGAUGAUGAGUACUAUCAUGCCCUGCGUGGCGUUACUGGCAAGGACGUUGAACCGAUUCCCAUGGCAGAUGACGGCUUUGGUGCCUUCAAGCUCGACGAAUGCUACAUCACCGGGUGCGGAAAGAGCUGUAGGACCGGUGAUAUUACCAUGACGAAGCUUAACGAGGAUGCGAGCGGGCGUGGAUGCGAUGGUAAAGAUCAUAAUGCUCGAUCGUUGUGCUGCCCCGCACGGAAUGCCCCGGACUCGUCUACCUGCUAUUGGACAGGAGGACCGAUCAAUUGCCAUGGCCAGUGUGCCGCCGGGGAAGUGAGCAUGGUGUUAGAUGACUAUGGCGAUAGUGGGAAGCGAUGUACAAACGGAGGCAAGAAAGUGUGGUGCUGUCCGGCGACCAACGGUCAGAAGGCCAUCCAAGACUGUAUUUUGACCGGAUACAGCAAUAAGUGUCCCAGUGACAAACCACAGGAGAUGACCACAGUGGGUGAAGGCGAGCACGAUCUAGACGGUUCUAUGUAUCAAGUCAAGAGGAAAUUCUGCUGUCCAGAAAAACCGGCUUACGAUAUGGAUCAGUGCGGAUGGCAUGGGGAUAGAACUUACUGCAAUGACAACGAAUGCCCCUUGGGCCAAGUUGAACUUUUCCGAUGGCAUGGCUGGCACGAAGGCCUCCCCGAAUGGUACCUUGGUUGCAGCAAAGGUCGCCAGCAAGCUUUCUGCUGCCCUCCUCCUCUGAGCAAUGGUUCUGCCUUCCUUCCUGUCUCCUUGGAGAACCUCUUCCCGACGGCGGAUUCAUUCUCGGACAGUUACACUACCACUUUCGCGGAGGUUUUUGACGGAUCCCCAGAUGAAACCUCGCACGAUGUUGCUGGCACCGACCCCGACAAAAAGGCAUUCACCUGGAUUGUGAUGGUCGGGGAGGCCGAAGAUGUGCAGAGCUUUGACAAGCGCGAUGGGUCACAUCUGGAAGUAUUUGAUUGCCCUGACACCCACCCGGACGAUUUCAGCGUUCAGAGGGCCAAGGCUGUCUGUGUCGGCGGUACAGAUGAGGACAACAACUGCGAAGAUAUCCUUCUUGGGGGAGUUGAGGGCACAGUCGUUCGUCUGCCUGCCCACUGCGGCCCAGACGUAUACGUUCGUGCCGUUAGCUUCCAGCGGUCCAGUAACUCGACGAUGCCCCAUCGCCUGCAGAAACGACAUCCGACGGCUUACAAGGUAUACGACUUUCACUACGACUACGAUUUCCACAAACUCCGUCGCGAUGGAGGCGAGGUCUACUUCCGUGCCGAUCUCUCAAAUCACCCUGGUUAUUGGAAAGAGGUUGUUGCAGCAGCCCACGACUCCGCAGUCAAGCGCACCGCGGACAACUGGCGGCAACUGGAUCGCCGAUUCUGGUCGGAUUCCAACGAGGAUUGGCUGAAACGCUUUAAUUCGCUCCUUGUGCAGGGCAACACGGGCCUGAAGAAGCACUACGAAUUUCAACAGUGCUUGUUUGAAGCGACGGGUGUCUGUCAGAAUGCAGACGGGAGGGCAGAGGCCUACGUGUACGGAGAAUUCAAUACCACCAUGGAUUUGGGCAUGACACUCAUUGGUACCCUGAGAAACUUCCAGUUCUCCGAGGCCUACUCCUACUUCAAUCAGGAAUCAUUUUCAAUGCGGAUGGGAGCCGGCUUUCAGGCCCGGGCCCGAAUGUACUUUGACAGUGGAUGGGUUCCCAUCGGAUCCUUUGAUGGCUUCGGCAUGAAUUCAUACAUCAAAGGCAUUUUCACAGUCAAUCCGUAUUUCAAGAUGGAUGCACGAUUGGAGGCUGAUGCCUAUGUCUCAGCCCAAGCCACAGGAGAAAUCAGCAUCGCCCACGAUCGAUUCCGGUACUACCUGCCCGUCGGUCUUGGGAAUAAUCCAACCUCUAUCACCGGCGACUGGAGUCUGGACGCCGUCAUGGGUCCCAUCUCUGGACAGGGCAAUAUUGAGGCCAAAGCAGGUGGCGGUUUGGUCAUCGGCUUUCGGCCCACGAUUGCAGUGGACCUCACUGUACAAUUUCGGGGUCAGCAAUAUGUGAACACUUCCAUCGCUCUCAGUACGCCCGGAUCGAUUCGAUACGAUGCUGCCCUCUCAACCAAAUGCAGUGCAGGAAUGCAGUUUGAUGUGACAGGGCAACUUGACGUGAACUUCGCUGUCAUCAAUGGCCUCCCAGGCUGGACCAGUCAGUCGUACAACUGGAAGAAUCCAUCGCCAGUGACAUUGUUCUCAGACUGCGUCCCUUUCGUCCCCCUAGCCAAACGUGAACUGGAAACAAACCAGUCUGCCACGCACUUGAGCACACGUUCGACGACUGGCUCUCAGAUUGACGUGCCGGGUGAAUCGAGCAAAACCUGUGCCUUUUCAAGCACCGGGGUUUACUGCGCGGACGGUGACAAUAGUGCUGACCUGGAUUGUGAUCUGAACAAACUCCCAGAUGCUCCAGACAGUGAGGACGAUGGCAACGAUGGGACACUAGCCCGACGCGGCAACCUUGUAAAGCGCAAUUCGAAAAAGCUAUCUUACUGCGACAGAAAUGGGGGCCCAAACUUCGAAGGAUUCAAUACUGGCAACACCGGGACCAUUGUAUUCAGCAACUACCCGUCCUCCUCGGAAUUGGUUAAGGACUAUUACCCGAAUCGACGACGGCCGCAGUCACCAUGGGUCGCUGCGGCGAACAACGGCCGCACAUAUGAUAGUGAGCAUGUACUAGAAGCUCAAACGGUCCAACGCUUUUUCAAUCAUUGGGGGCAGCAGUGGUCCCAACUCAGAGGCGGUGCCGCCAAUGCAAACGCUCGAAAAUAUCCGAAUCCUGCUAAGGUGGCCUUCAAUGCCAACAGCGAGCUCGGAAGGGUAUACCCCGGUUACCAUUGGCAUUACACCAAGGAAAUAGUACUGUAUGAGUCCGCAUUGAAUAGUAAGAUCAAGCAAGGGUGGUUCAAAAACAUUGCUCUCUACGGUAAAAAUCAGAUGGAUGGCUACAUCAAAGCGGGUAGGUGGGAUGAUGUGGCCAGAGUCAUGAAGCUGCAUAUUCUUGCGUGGAAAUACUACUAUUUCGCCGAUAUCAAGAAAACUCUUGUGAAGCAGUCGAACCGCAUUUACGAGAAACUGAAAGAGUUGGACGACGACGGGGGCAUCGCGGCUGCGGUUGGUGAUCGAAAUGGGGAGUUCGAUAAGGCUUAUAUACCCCAGGGCCUUGCUGCCCUGUGGAAAGACUGGGUCCGCAGUGAGCACGAGCGCGUCCAAGCCGACGUCAAGGCCUUCCUCAAAGACACCGCGCAGAAAACUUAUGACCUGAAUCGGCCCACCUCAGCCAAACUGGAACCCGGCCAGGCACACCAGAGCAAUGACAAUACUGUGAAGUUAUUCGAGCUAUAUCGGGACGCGGUCAAUAAUCUACAGGACUGGAAUAUUGACUGGGAUAUGGAUGCCUUCGAACAGCUUUACCAUGACUAUCGGUUUCACGAUGCCCAAGUGCAUUACCCAGACUCCGAAGAUCCCAAGAUAGAGCUUGUUUUCCACAAAGGUCUAGAGCAGGCCACAACGACCCGCCGUGUCGGGGAUCUUCCAAUCUUAAGCGAAGGAUUGGAAUACUCAGACGAAAAGGGCGCACCUAUGGUGGAAGUAAAGCUUCAAUUUUACCAUUGGAUUUUCCUAGCAGAUGUUCCUCGGGGCUGUCUGAAGGGUCGAUCCGAUUUUAGGCCUUCUAGGACACUGCAUUGA